GCAGCUUCUCCUGCAAUGUGUGUGGAGUGAAGAAAACGAAAAGCUUGUGGGCUCUAGACAAUUAGGAGCCCAUUAAAACUAGCAGCCCAUCAACGAAUGAAGCCUACUAAUCCCAUAUAUUAGCCAAGCCUAGAUGCGCCGAAGAAGCCCAAACCCAAAUCACAAGGAACCGACCCCAUAGCGGCUCUGAGUUGGUUAAUUCCUUUAGUGCUUCUCUUCUCCGUAUAGAUUCCGCAAUCGAUAUUUCUCACAAACCCUAACUCUGAUAAAUCUUUCUCGCUUCUCUGUUCCCGUUGUUGUUCUCGCAGUGAGAUCUUCACACCAGUUCUGGUAGAAGACCCUAAUUCAAUCAGUUGUUUUCUCUGAGUUGCUGCCAUGGAUCCGGAGAUAGCCAAGACGCAGGAGGAGCGGAAGAAAAUGGAGCAGGAGCUCGCCUCCCUGACUUCUCUCACUUACGACAAGGACCUCUACGGUGGAACGGACAGGGACGCCUAUGCCACUUCGAUCCCCGUUAACGAUGACGACGACAACGAUAUCGGCGACAAUGAAGCCCCUCGCCGGCUUCCUUCCUACACCGCCCCGAAGUCACUUCUCAAGGAGAUGCCUCGCGGGGGAGACGACGAGGACGACGGCGGGUUCAAGAAGCCAUCGAGGAUUAUCGACCGCGAGGAUGAUUACCGACGGAGGAGAUUGAACAGGCCGCUUUCUCCGGACAGGCACGAUGCUUUUGCUUCGGGGGAGAAGACGCCGGAUCCCUCGGUGAGGACAUACGCGGAAGUGAUGAGGGAGGAGAAACUGAAGAGGGAUAAAGAAGAGACGCUGAAAGAAAUUGCUAAGAUUAAGAAGAUGGGGGAAGAAGCCGCCAAGGAAGGGAAGGCUGCUGAAGUCGUGAAGGAACCAGCAGCUGCCGCUCCUCCGAAGCGGAGGAACAGAUGGGACAUGUCACAGGAUGAAGGUGGUGAUGGUGCUGCGGCUAAGAAGGCCAAGACAAGCUCUGACUGGGAUUUACCCGACGCCACGCCGGGAAUAGGAAGGUGGGAUGCUACUCCCACGCCUGGUAGAGUUGGUGACGCGACUCCUUCGGCCGGGAGGAGGAAUAGGUGGGAUGAAACGCCGACUCCCGGUAGGGUUGCUGAUUCUGAUGCAACUCCUGGGGGUGGUGUUACUCCUGGUGCUACACCUGCUGGUGUUACUUGGGAUGCCACCCCCAAAGGGCUCGCCACACCGACGCCUAAAAGGCAGAGAUCACGUUGGGAUGAAACGCCUGCAACUAUGGGAAGUGCGACCCCUAUGGCUGGAGCUACACCUGCUGCUGCCCUUACCCCUGGUGUUACUCCUGUUGGCGGGGUUGACUUGGCCACCCCAACUCCAAGUCUUAUUCAACGUGGUGCUAUUACCCCGGAGCAGUAUAAUCUUCUGAGAUGGGAGAAGGAUAUUGAGGAGAGGAAUAGACCUUUGACUGAUGAGGAACUCGAUUCUAUGUUUCCGCAGGAAGGGUACAAGAUUUUGGAGCCACCAGCAUCUUAUGUUCCCAUUAGGACUCCUGCCAGGAAGUUGCUAGCUACACCCACUCCUAUGGGGACUCCUCUUUAUUCUAUACCUGAAGAGAAUAGGGGGCAACAAUAUGAUGUGCCGAAGGAAGUUCCUGGUGGGUUGCCAUUUAUGAAGCCAGAGGAUUAUCAGUACUUUGGAUCUCUUUUGAAUGAAGAUGAGGACGAAGAGUUGUCACCUGAUGAACAAAAAGAGCGAAAGAUUAUGAAAUUGUUGUUGAAGGUUAAGAAUGGAACACCACCACAGCGGAAGACCGCUUUGAGGCAGUUGACAGAUAAGGCAAGAGAGUUGGGUGCUGGCCCGCUGUUCAAUAGGAUUUUGCCUUUGCUUAUGCAGCCCACAUUGGAGGAUCAGGAGAGGCAUCUUCUGGUCAAGGUAAUUGAUAGAGUUUUGUAUAAGCUGGAUGAGUUGGUUAGGCCUUAUGUGCACAAGAUUCUUGUUGUCAUCGAGCCAUUGCUGAUUGAUGAAGACUAUUAUGCCCGUGUUGAAGGAAGGGAGAUCAUUUCUAAUUUGAGCAAAGCUGCUGGUUUGGCAACUAUGAUUGCUGCUAUGCGUCCUGAUAUUGAUAACAUUGAUGAGUAUGUUAGGAAUACCACUGCCAGGGCUUUCAGUGUUGUGGCUUCUGCUCUUGGGAUUCCUGCACUCCUGCCGUUUCUGAAGGCUGUUUGUCAGAGUAAGAAGUCCUGGCAAGCUCGUCACACUGGAAUCAAAAUUGUGCAGCAGAUUGCUAUUCUGAUUGGGUGUGCUGUACUCCCACAUUUGAGGUCCUUGGUUGAAAUUAUAGAGCAUGGACUUAAUGAUGAGAACCAGAAAGUGAGGACCAUCACUGCAUUGUCUUUGGCCGCUCUUGCUGAGGCUGCUGCUCCAUAUGGUAUUGAAAGUUUUGACUCUGUUCUGAAACCCUUGUGGAAAGGAAUCAGGUCCCACCGUGGUAAGGUCUUAGCUGCAUUCUUGAAGGCAAUCGGUUUCAUUAUUCCUCUGAUGGAUGCCAUGUAUGCAUCAUACUACACCAAGGAAGUGAUGUACAUCCUCAUACGCGAGUUUCAGUCUCCAGAUGAAGAAAUGAAGAAGAUUGUUCUGAAAGUGGUGAAGCAAUGUGUGAGCACUGAGGGUGUGGAACCGGAUUACAUCCGCUCUGAUAUCCUCCCAGAAUUCUUCAAGAACUUUUGGGUUAGAAGGAUGGCAUUGGAUAGAAGAAACUAUAAGCAGCUUGUGGAAACAACUGUGGAGAUUGCAAACAAGGUUGGUGUUAAAGAUAUUGUGGGGAGAAUUGUUGAGGAUCUUAAAGACGAGAGUGAGCCUUAUCGACGUAUGGUUAUGGAAACCAUCGAGAAAGUGGUAACAAACUUGGGUUCUUCUGAUAUUGAUGCUAGGCUGGAAGAGCUUUUGAUAGAUGGUAUUUUAUAUGCUUUCCAAGAGCAGACGAGUGAUGAUGCCAAUGUGAUGCUUAAUGGGUUUGGAGCAGUUGUCAAUUCUCUCGGGCAGAGGGUCAAACCUUAUCUUCCUCAAAUUUGUGGUACCAUAAAGUGGCGGUUGAACAACAAAAGUGCUAAAGUAAGACAGCAAGCAGCUGAUCUUAUUUCUAGAAUUGCUGUGGUAAUGAAGCAGUGCCAUGAGGAGCAACUCAUGGGCCAUCUCGGUGUCGUUCUUUAUGAGUAUUUGGGAGAAGAGUACCCUGAAGUUCUAGGGUCAAUCCUAGGAGCACUCAAGGCGAUAGUUAAUGUCAUUGGUAUGACCAAAAUGACACCCCCAAUCAAGGACUUGCUUCCUAGGCUGACACCCAUCCUGAAGAACAGACAUGAGAAAGUCCAGGAGAACUGUAUUGAUCUGGUCGGACGCAUAGCAGAUCGUGGGGCUGAAUUUGUUCCAGCUAGAGAAUGGAUGAGGAUAUGUUUCGAGCUGCUCGAGAUGCUCAAGGCACACAAGAAAGGAAUUCGGCGUGCCACUGUCAACACUUUUGGAUAUAUUGCCAAGGCCAUUGGUCCACAGGAUGUCCUUGCAACUCUGCUGAACAAUCUCAAGGUCCAGGAGCGCCAAAAUCGUGUCUGCACAACUGUUGCCAUUGCUAUAGUCGCAGAGACAUGCUCUCCCUUCACUGUUCUACCUGCUUUAAUGAACGAGUACCGAGUUCCCGAGCUGAAUGUCCAGAAUGGUGUUUUGAAGUCCCUCUCUUUUCUGUUUGAGUACAUUGGUGAGAUGGGGAAAGACUAUAUCUAUGCUGUGACACCUUUGCUUGAGGAUGCACUUAUGGACAGGGACUUGGUUCACCGGCAGACUGCAGCUUCGGCUGUGAAGCAUAUGGCACUGGGUGUUGCUGGGCUGGGUUGCGAGGAUGCUCUGGUCCACCUGCUCAACUAUGUGUGGCCGAACAUAUUUGAGACAUCUCCCCACGUGAUUAAUGCUGUGACAGAGGCCAUAGAAGGGAUGAGGGUGGCUCUGGGUGCUGCUGUCGUGUUGAACUAUUGUCUUCAGGGGUUGUUUCAUCCGGCUCGGAAGGUCAGGGAAGUUUACUGGAAGAUAUACAACUCUCUCUACAUAGGAGCGCAGGAUGCGCUUGUGGCUGCUUACCCUAUUAUGGACGAUGAGGAGAACAACGUGUACAGCAGGCCAGAGUUGAUGAUGUUCGUGUAGAUAGACAAGGUUAGGCAAUAUUUGCGUUGUACUAUUAUAAAACUCCAUAAUCUUGUUUCGUUUCUGUGUUCGGUUGGUUACUGAUGCUCUUCUGGUGUUUGCUUUUGUACUUGUUUUGCAGGGGGGGCAGUCUGGAUUCGGUUUCUACGAUGGUUUGGACCGGUCUAUUGAUACGAUGGUUGCUUUCUACUUGUUUUGCAGGACUCUCUCUGAAAUCGGCGGUUUGCUACGUGAUGUGUUGAGAAUUCAGAACCAUGGCCAACUAGCCCCCCUUUUCUGAGUUCCUCUUGGUGUCUAGUUAUGGUCCCAAUUGUAUACGGGGCAUCUGCUGCACUAUCAUUAUGUCAAUUAGCAGGCAUUUUGUUCUUUACUUCCUUUCUCUUGGCUCGUAGAGCGCCUGCUUGCUAUGUACUUUAUAUAAUGCAAGCUUUAGAAACGAUUCAGGACGUGUUUUACGAACCCUCGUUGCUGUUUUUGCAGAAGUGCAGGUCUUUCCUAUUAAGGAUGUGCAUGUUAAAACCAUAUACGUCUAUCCAUAGCGCAAAAUCAUGCCUGCAACCAACGUAUAGUUUCGAGUUCGACAACGUUGGUUCUAUAAGCCACCGAACUCGAAACUAUGCGUUUUUGUUGAUACGGAAUUGUAGAAUAACGAACAAGGAAACAU